AUGAAUAAAAAUAUUAUUCAAAUAUACAUAUUUGUUUUUAUAUUAUUACUUAAAGAACAUAUUGUUAUUUUAAAAAAUGAAGAAUUCACGAAUCCUUAUUCAAUAAGAAAGAAGGAUAUGAAAGCUAUUGUAAAUGUUAAUAAUAAAUUGAAGAGUAUUAAUAUACAUAAAUUAGACAAUAUUAAUAAAAAAGAUCUUUUAAGAAGUUAUAAUGAAAAUUAUAUUUUAAUAAAAUUAAAAAAGCAGGAUAUUUUUUCCAAAAAAUUAUCUACUUAUUAUGGUCAGGUACAAAUAGGUGAACAGUCAGAAAAUAAUCUGAACGUUCUUUUUGAUACAGGUUCAUCAGAAGUAUGGAUUUUAAAUGACACUUGUAAAAGUAGUUUGUGUAAUAAUAUACAUAGCAAAUAUAAGAGGACUAAAUCAUUUGUUUAUAAAUAUGAUAAGAAGGGUUUACCUUCGGCUAUAGAAAUAUUUUAUCUUAGCGGGAAAAUAGUAGCUUUUGAAGGUUAUGAUACUAUCUAUUUAGGGAAAAAACUAAAAAUUCCCCACACAAAUAUUUCCUUCGCUACCAAGGUUGAUAUACCAGUAUUAGAGGAAUUCAAAUGGGAUGGCAUAAUUGGCUUGGGCUUUGAAAAUGGGGACUCAAUUAAGAGAGGAAUAAAACCAUUUCUAGAUAUUUUAAAGGAUGAUAAAAUAUUAACAAA